AUGAUCGAGCAGCAUCCUUACUCCCACUCUAAAUACAUUGCCGGUCAUACCGAUACGAUUGCUGGAUGUGUCACGACAAAAUCUAUGGAACAUUGGGAACGACUUAAAAUGCAGCAGUUCUCCACCGGUAGCGCCCUUUCACCAUUCGACGCCGCCUUGGUGGCCCGCGGUCUGAAGACCUUGCCAUUGCGAAUUGAUAAGAUCUCCUCGAACGCUCGUGCCGUGGCGAAUUUUCUCGCUAAACAUCCAAAGGUUUCAAAGAUUUCCUUUUUUUUGGGGUGAAA